AUGGGAAGAUUAAACUUCUUUCUUGGUCUCCAAAUCAAACAACUCAAGCAUGGAAUCUUCAUCAAUCAGUUAAAAUAUUGCAAAGAACUAAUCAAGAAAUUUGAGAUGGAAAAUAGUAAAGAUAGUGCAACACCAAUGGGAUCUGGCACCUACCUUGAUCCAGAUGAACCAGGCAAUCCUAUCAACAUCACAAAAUAUCGUGGAAUGAUCGGCUCACUUUUAUACUUAACGGCAAGUAGACCAGAUAUAAUGUUUAGCGUCUGCUUAUGUGCCAGAUAUCAAGCCAACCCUAAGGAAUCUCACCUUGCAGCAGUCAAACGAAUCAUUAAAUAUCUAAAAGGAACAACCAAUGUCGGCUUAUGGUAUCCUAAAGGUAGUAUGAAUACUUUAGUUGGUUAUUUUGAUGUUGACUAUGCAAGUUGUAAAACUGAUCGCAAAAGCACCAGUGGAACGUGUCACAUUUUGGGAAAUGCUCUAGUGUCGUGGUCAUGCAAGAAACAAGCAAGCGUGUCACUUAGUACUGCUGAGGCUGAAUAUAUUGCAGCCGGAAGUGGAUGCGCUCAAAUCUUAUGGCUCAAACAAUAA